UUGAUUUUCCCUUACACUGUAAAUUUAGUAAAACACCCUUUUUUUUUUCCUCAAAAUCUUAAUUGAAAAUCCAAAAAUUUUAAAAAACAAUAAAGAAAUAUCACAGUCAUGCAAUAAAUGUUAUUCAUUAAAGUUGGGGAUGAAGAAACUACUUGGUUUGAAAAAAAAGAAGAUUGGUAGACUUGGUAAGAAGAAAGUUAUAGUAAAGAAGAAAGAGGAAAACUUUUCUGGUUACUGAGUGAUUUAAAGUAAUGGGUCUCUCUCAAAAUGAAGCAAAAAUGGAAGGUUGGUUAUAUACAAUACGUUCCAAUCCUCUUGGUUUACAAUUCUCACGCAAACGUUACUUCGUUCUUCAUAACCAUGUUCUCAGGAGCUUUAAAGCAAACCCCAUUUCUGAAAAACAGGAACCUGUUAGAAGUGCAGUAAUAGAUUCAUGUAUUCGGGUUAUAGACAACGGAAAGGAGAGCAUUAACAAAAAGGUGUUCUUCAUUUUCACCGUUUACAGCAUUUUGGAUGGUAACAAUCAGAUUAAGCUUGGAGCAAGUAGUUCAGAGGAAGCUGCAGCAUGGAUUCGUUGCUUAAAGGAUGUGGCAUUAGAGGAGCCUCCUCCAUGUCAAGCAAAGAAUUUUGUAGGUUCUCCCACAAUGACAUGGCCAUCUCUGAGAUCGGAAAGUACAUGGAUGAAACUACGAAAGAACUCUGUCAAGUGGCCAUUUCGUUCAUCUGUUCAUGCAGAGGCAACAACGUCUGAUGUAAUUGCACCCUCACAUUGGAAAAUAUUUGGUUGUCAAAAUGGGUUGCGGCUUUUCAAAGAAGCAAAAGAUCGGGGUUCACUUGGAGGGCUUUGGGAUGAUGAUCCGGCAAUAAUGGCGGUUGGUGUGGUGGAUGGGACCUCGGAGGCCAUUUUUCUUGCACUCAUGUCUCUUGGCCCCUCAAGAUCAGAAUGGGACUAUUGUGUCUACCAUGGCAGUCUGGUCGAGUGCCUUGAUGGUCAUACUGAUAUCAUUCACAAGAAGUUAUAUAGUGAUUGGCUACCUUGGGGAAUGAAGCGGAGAGAUUUAUUACUUCAACGCUAUUGGAGACGAGAGGAUGAUGGCACAUACGUGAUUCUGUACCAUUCCGUGGCUCACAAGAAGUGUCCGCCCCAAAGUGGCUAUGUUCGUGCUCACCUUAAAAGUAAUGCAUGCUCUAGAAUACGAAUAUAUAAAAGUUCAUUCUCCUGCGGUGGGGGAUAUGUUGUCACUCCUGUGAACCAGGGGCAGCAAUCUACUGUGAAGCACAUGCUUGCUAUCGAUUGGAAGUUGUGGAAAUCAUAUCCUCGGCUGUCAGCUGCUAGAUCCUUGACAAUUCUGAUGCUCAUGAGAGUUGCAGCCUUAAGGGAGCUGUUCAAAGCCAAGCAAAGAAAUUCUUCUUCCAUAUGCUUGUCCAGGGAGUGGCUAAGGCAUAUACACUUGCCUCAAACCGAAAAACCGGAUGAUAAGACUGACACUGAGAGCGAUAAAAGUAUUGAGGACAAUAAUUUGAUCAAUAAUGAGGUUGAACAACCAGCAUCGUUGCAUGUAAGUCUAUCAGGUCUAAACGAAGAACCGGAUGAGUUCUUUGAUGUACCUGAAGAAUCUGAAUUUUCAGAUUACGAUCACUUGGAGAGUGAGAGGCCUGGCGAACCAAGUUCCGAACUGCCUCCCCUGAACUUGCAUCAGCCAAAAUUAACGUCAGCAGCCAGUUUUGUGCGAAAGUUACAUGACCUUGCAACUCAAAAGAAGGGUUACAUGAACUUACAAGAGGUGGCUACAGAAGACACCAAGCUCUACUGCUAUGGAAAUUCACUCCGAAAGGAUCUGACCGCUACUUUACCUAGCAGUUGGUCACCUGGCAAUCCAUCUUUGUUCUUGAUUCGUGGUCGAAAUUACCUACAAGACAAACAAAAGAUUAAGGCAAAUGGAGCCUUGAUGCAAAUGGUAGGGGCAGACUGGUUAAUAUCCGAAAAGCGAGAAGACAAUCUUGGCAGCCGACUAGGUGGUAUUGUGCAGAACCAUGCAGCACAAGGUGGACCAGAAUUCUUCUUUAUUGUUAAUUUCCAGAUUCCUGGAACGCCGAGGUAUACACUGGCAAUGUACUUCAUGAUGAAAUCUCCUUUGGAAGAUCACCCUUCGCUUUAUAAAUUUGUAAAUGGAGAUGAUGCCUAUAGGAAUUCAAGAUUUAAGCUCAUACCACACGUUUCUGAGGGAUCAUGGAUAGUGAAACAAAGUGUUGGAAAGAGGGGUUCCUUAUUGUGUCAAACUCUUGAAGCUCAAUAUUUCAGAGGGAAAAAUUAUAUGGAGGUUGAUGUUGAUGUUGCAUCUUCAACAGUGGCACGGAGUGUAUGUAACCUUGUUAUUGGAUAUUUUAGCAGUAUGGUCCUUGAAUUGGCAUUUGUUAUACAGGGUAAUACACGGGAAGAGCUCCCUGAAACCCUUCUUGGAACAAGCAGACUUAAUCGUGUUGAUCUAUCCAAAGCAUUGGUAGCAUUGCCAUAGACUAAAAGGGUUUAUGGUCUGGUUCGAAUUUCAUAAAUUUUGAAAUGUUUUUAGUGAAAUUGGUUGGAAUUAAGGUCGAACCGGUUUUAAUAAUCCAUUUUACUACCCAUUACUAAUACAUAUAAAAGGGAAAGGCUCAAAAUAAUCAAAUGAUGUAAAGGGAAUUUCAAUAUUUCUUUACCAUUGGUUCAAUCAAGUUGAAAAUUGAAAAAAAGAAAAUGAGUAGACUUGGUUUUGAUUCUUUGGUGGAAUUAAUGUUAGACGUAAAGUGUUCAUUUCCAUAAUGAUGAGCUUCUAGUGUAUGAUUGAAUAUAA